AUGAAAAUGAAGCAGAAAUUACUGGUGACGGAACGCAAGAUGUUACUUAAAAUCCUGGUGCCAUCGAGGAUGGAGAAAGUUUCAUGGGGAGUCGGAAUAAAUGCCGAAGUAGAAGAGUUAGCAGCCCAGCCUAACAUUAUAGGCAAAUUCAAUGCCCAUCGAGUAUGUUCCCUGCGGCACCAUGAGCGCAUGGGCCAAGAUUGGGUUGUGAAUUACGCUUAUCUAAGCUGUUCUAGUCAUCGGCCUAGUUCUUUAUUUGUAAAAUAUGAAGUAGGCUUCGCUAAACUUGAUGACGAUCUAAGAAGUGGAGAAGUUAUUGGACGUGCUAUCAAGAGUGAACGGAAGGGGAUUGAAAUGUCAAAGCAUCUGGGAAUGCCAAUGGGCCGUCGGACGAUCGGCAGUCCAAGAUAUUGCUGGAAAGACGACGUGGAGAGAAUUACCUAG